CGUCCUGAAAUAGUAGUUAAAAAAAUUAAUAAGACGUACGGUGUUUUAAUUCUAAAACAUAAUAAGGAUAAUAACUAAAGAAAACCGGCAUAGAAAAUGAGAUAAUUGGAUUCAUGGAGGAACACGAUCCAAUAGACACAGGUGCAGGAAAAAAGGAAAAAUUAAAAAAAACCGGUUUAGUAAUGAGUUUACGAGAGGCAAGUUGGCAAGAGGCAAGAGGCAAGAUAAGUGUGGCGAUACCCUGGGGUAAAUUCUUAAACCAUGCCUGAUCCCGAAGCCCGUCCUGCUCCCGAUGCCCGUCCUGAAAUCUGUGCCAGUCCUGAUACCGAUGCCAGUCCUGCUCCCGAAGCCAGUCCUGAUCCCGAUGCCAGGCCUGAUCCCGAAGCGCGUCCUGAUACCGGUGUCCGUCCUGAUCCUGAUGCUCGUCCUGAAAUCGGUGCCAGUCUUGAUACCGGUGCCAGUCCUGCUCCCGAUGCCAGGCCUGAUCCCGAUGCCAGCCCUAUUCCCGAAGCCCGUCCUGAUACCGGUGCCUGUCCUGAUGCCAGUGCCCGUCCUGAUACCGGUGCCAGUACAGAUACCGGUACUCGUCCUGAUAUCGGUGUCAGUACUGAUAUCGUUGCUAGUCCAGGUCCCGAUUGCUGUAGGGGAAAGCGGGGCAAAAUGGGCAUGUUAAGCAGUUUACUGAAUAUUCCUUUGAAUA